AGUCGAAAAAAUGUCGCGAAUUUGUUUGUCAUUCAAUAAACUACAAAUAUAAAAAAACUGAUCAAUCAAAAGGAAUAGAAAACUUCGUUUUUAAAGUCUUAUUGAUAACCGUCUAAGGAAAAAAAAUGCCGUCGAAUAUGUUUCAAAGAAUUGAUGAUUUACCAGAAAAAAUUAUGGAAAAAAUUCUUUCAUAUCUGCCUAUCGAUCAAAAAAAAAGCUGUUUAAUAGUCAGUAAAUAUUUUUACAAAUGUGGAAUUACAUCCAUUGAUAAUGAAUUGUGGUUGAAUCUCAAAUCGAAAGAAUAUAUUUUCGAGUAUUUCAAUUCCAUCAUUCAAUCAAGCCGAAAAAUAUCAAACAUUAAAGUAGGAAGUAAAAAUGGAACUUUAGUGAUUGAUAGAAAUAUGUUUUUACCAUUGAUUUAUAGCAUAUUUAAGAAAUUUGGAGAAUAUUUUCAAACAUUUGAAAUGUUUGACUGUGAGAUAGCUCCUCGUGAUUUAAGAAUGCUAUUGAAGUUAUCGCCUAACAUUAAAACAAUAACACUUACAUCAAUAAUUGCUGUACAAAAGAUAUCAGUAAGAAAACUUCGACCAAUUGAAUGCUCAAGACUGACGGAGAUUUCUUUAUCGUAUUGCUCUGAUGGAAUCCAAAUGUUGACGUUUGCGCUAAACUGGAACACAAUCUCAAAAUUCAAGAUCAUAACAGACGAGCCAUCCUUCAUUCCUUGCUUUCUUAGCCAUCAAAAAACGGUUAAAAAUUUAUCAAUGCAUAUUUACGGUGAAUUACCCACAAGCAACAUCAAUUUUUACAGAAAACUUACAUUCGAAGAUAUAUCAAUAAGUGUUAAUGGAUAUAAUGGCCACGACAGUACUAUUGAGACUAUUCUUAACGCACAAGUUAAUACUUUAAAACGAUUAGAUUUAACAUGUUCACCAAUCAGCGAUUCAAUGUUUCGUAUUCUACCUCUGAUGAAAAACUUGGAAGUAUUGAAAAUAAUUGUGAAUGACGUCACUCCAAAUACUUUCAAAGCAGUUGCUGAAAUCAAAACCUUGAAGGAACUUGCAAUAAUCAAGAACUGUGAUAAUGAUUCUGAAGAUCAUCUCAAUGUUCUUUGUAAUAUGAAAGAUUUAAAAUUGAAAAAUCUUGAAAUUUAUUAUCCUUGCCAAAUGAUCGACAAUUCAAUUUUCUUUCCACUUUCUUUAAAUGCAUCAGACUUGGAAAUCCUUUACAUCAACAGCUUGUUAAGUUUAAACUUAAUAAGUAGCAUAAUAAGCAAUAUGAAAAAAUUGAAGGAAUUGAAACUUGAAAACCAUCAAUUCACUGAAGUCACAAUACCUGAAAUAUGUUUUUUCCAAGCUAACGUUCCUUUUCAUUUUUCACUGCAAUCUUUACAUGUUAAACUGCAAUGUACUCAAUUCUUUCAAUCUUUUCUCGCAAUCACUGGAAAAUUUUCUAAUAUCUGUAACCUUGAGGUGAUCACAUCAGUCGAAGGAUUUGAGCUUGAAGCACUCAUUUCUUGUGUUCUCAUAAACAGCAAGAAAAUUUGCAGAUUCAAAAUUUUAAAUGUAAACUUGUUAGAAAUUGAUAAUUUAAUGAGACUUGAUCUUAAUUAUCAUUCAAACCGACUUAAGUUCUUCAGUGUUUUUAUCAAUAAUUACAACUUAAACUCAAAUGUUUCAUUUUUAAAAGUUUUUGGCAAUGAUUUUUAUUCUGUUAAAGUUUAUGGUUCUUGUCUUGAGCUAAUUAACUGAUUUUUGUUAUUUUUGUCAUUAUUAAGCUUUUUUUUUAUCCUUUCCUUCAAUUAAUUAAUGUAUAUUUAUAACAAAUACAACUUCAAAUAAAAGAAUAAAAUCAGAGAACGAUACGGGAUCGCAUUGGGUCAGAUUCCCAAACAUAAUCCAA